UCUGAAAAUAAAAAAUGAAAUAAUUAUAUAAAUAAGCAAGGUGCAGUUCCGCCAGAAGCCGCGAGUGUAUGUGUGUGUGGCGUCUGUCUGAAGCAUGAACCGCUUGCGUUAGACAUCAGGAGGGCGAUUCAAAACGGGGGAAAUAUCAGCACCAAUCACCAUCCUCAUCAUCUUCAUCAUCCUUCUGAAAACCUGCGCGCGCGCCAGCCAAAUUAAAUCAGGGUGGUGAAAUUAUAUGUGCGAGCUGCCAAUGAAGGGGAAGAAGCAGUGACACACACCACAGAGUGUGUGUUGGGGUUUGCAUCAGUGUUAAUGUUCUUAUUUACUACUCUCUUAAUUAUCAGCCUCGGAAAACUGGAACAUACAUGUCAUGAUCUGAGAAAAGCAUCGGGUUAUUCUUAUGGAUUAGCAUAUGAUCUGAAUUCAACCCAGGUCAAACUGCUCCUCUCUCCUCCCCUCUCCGUUUUUUCUCCUCCCCUCCCUCCCCUAUGCUCAGUUCGGUGUGUGUCUCCUCAUACAAAGGGCGCAAGGGUGGGAACCAGUCGUCCAACAAAGCAUGUUACAGCGCCGACAUGACUUGUCCGUCGGAAAGCGAGAAAAUCGUCAUCAACUGCGGCGGCGUGAGGCACGAGACGUACCGGAGCACCCUGAAGACGCUGCCCGGGACGCGUCUGUCGUGGCUCACUGAGCCGGACGCCUUCAACAACUUCGACUACGACCCGAAGUCCGACGAGUUCUUCUUUGACAGGCACCCGUCCGUCUUCUCAUUCAUCCUCAACUACUACCGGACGGGCAAGUUGCACUGCCCCAACGACGUGUGCGGCCCGCUGUUCGAGGAAGAGCUCGCCUUCUGGGGCAUCGACGAGUCCGACGUGGAGGCGUGCUGCUGGAUGAACUACCGGCAGCACCGGGACGCGGAGGAGGCGCUGGACAGCUUCGAGACGCCCGAGCCGGAGGUUCCGGACGACGACCCGGCGCUCGCGGGGGACGGAGACCUGAAGCGGCUCUGUCUGCAGGAGGAGGGCAGGAAAGUGGGCUGGUGGCGCGUGUGGCAACCCCGGAUCUGGGCGCUCUUAGAGGACCCCUAUUCGUCCAAAUACGCGCGGUAUGUGGCAUGCGGAUCCCUUCUGUUCAUCCUCAUCUCCAUUUCCACCUUCUGCAUGGAGACACAUGAAGCGUUCAAUACCAUCAAUAAGAAAAUAGAGAAUGUUACGAAGGGGAACGUGACGAGAGAGGAGAUCGUGUACGAGGUGGUGACGGACACAUGGCUGACGUACGUGGAGGGAGUGUGUGUCGUCUGGUUCACCAUCGAGGUGCUCACACGCGUCGUCUUCUGUCCCGACAAGGCCGAGUUCUUCAAGAGCAUGCUGAACAUCAUCGACUUCGUGGCGAUCCUGCCUUUCUACCUAGAGGUCAGUCUGAGCGGACUCCCCUCCCAAGCGGCGAAAGAUGUGCUGGGCUUCCUGCGAGUGGUGCGCUUCGUCCGGAUCCUGCGUAUCUUCAAGCUGACUCGUCACUUCGUGGGUCUCCGGGUUCUCGGACACACACUGCGCGCAAGUAUCAAUGAGUUCCUCUUGCUUAUAAUCUUCCUCGCUCUCGGCGUCCUCAUCUUCGCCACCAUGAUCUACUACGCCGAGAGGAUAGGAGCCAGUCCGGACGACCCUACGGCGAGCAACCACACCAACUUCAAGAACAUCCCUAUAGGUUUCUGGUGGGCCGUGGUGACCAUGACCACUUUAGGCUAUGGAGAUAUGUAUCCGAAGACGUGGUCGGGGAUGCUGGUGGGGGCGCUGUGUGCCCUCGCAGGGGUGCUGACUAUCGCCAUGCCCGUCCCCGUCAUUGUGAACAACUUCGGCAUGUAUUACUCUCUGGCCAUGGCCAAGCAGAAGCUGCCCAAAAAGAAGAACAAACACAUCCCGAGAGCCCCGCAACCCGGCUCGCCCAAUUACUGCAAGCCGGACGCCCUGGCCAUGGCCACGGCCUCGCCCCAGAGGAUCCUGGGUAAUGUGCUGGGUGGCGUGCUGGGCUCGAGCGGGAUGACGGUGGACUGUCCUCUAGCUCAGGAGGAGAUCACAGAGAUUAACAGAGACUCGAAGCAGAACGGUGACGCAGCCAGCGCCGCUCUAGCAAACGAGGACUGCCCAACGAUCGAUCAGGUUCUCAGUCCAGAUGAGCGCAGCCCAGUGGGUCUAACACAAGAACGCUACCAGCAGGACAGAGCCUGCUUCCUCCUCAACACACGAGAGUUUCGACCCACUGAUGGGAAUGUGCGGAAAGGCCGCCAGUGCAGCGCCAGCGUUUCUAAUGCCUGACUCUGGUGUUAAGUUUCUAGCAUUUGGCAAUUCUAUUAAGGAGACACGGUUAGUCGCUCAAUCCUGAAAAUUUUGCCGAUGGGGCUGUACCAUCCACACGGGACAUGUGAGGAAUUUCGGAGUGGCAAGAGGGUGUGACUGGAAACAAAACAAAAAAACUAAGGAAACCAAAGCAACCUCAUCGAAAUUCCGGACCACUCCUCUUUCUACAGACUGACUGACUUUACAGCAACAAAACUGAACAUUGCACUGUCACCUAAAAGAGAAAAAAGACUCUUGAAGGAACGAACGGAAAACAUUCCAACGUUUUAAGAUCAAAACACCAGGCGCUUCGACUGCCGCACUCACCUGGGCCUUGAGUUUCUGUAUAUUAAUCUGUAUGUAAGAAUGAAGGACCAACUUAGAAUAAUUAUGUAGCAUCUCUGCUAAGACCCUGUAGCAUUUCUUGGCUAGGAUAACUCUCCGACAGACUUUACAGUUUGCACAGUAUGACUAAAAAUGGCUUAGUCAUGCACAAUUUUUCUUAUUUUCUUCCCUGUCUCAGCAUAUUAGCAGCAAAAUAUGUUGUUUGUGCAUUGCCGUGUGGUAGUUCCCACUCCCUGUCUCGAGUCUUAGAGUAGCUUUUCUUUGUGAAUGAAUACUGAAAAGUGAAACGCAGCACUCUGCUUUUGGUAACAGAUGCUAUUCCUAAACAGUCUUCCAGUUUUUUUCCCCCGAGCGUUCGGGGGAGGCAACACUGAAAACAGUCCAGACAGACCAAAGCCCAACUGUGACCAAAUAAUGUCUGAAAGCCAAAAUGGCACAAAAUAACUUAAGACGUUCCCUGUCAGAUCUGAACUUUUCGUCCCUUUAAAUAUGAACGGAUUGGCUGUUCUGCCAGGGGUGCUGUUUGUAACUCCCUAAAAUAUCCUUAUAUUGAGGACUUUCCCCAGGGAUGGUCUCUCUCGUUCCUGAAUAUAGAAGUUUAUUUUAUUUAUUUAGUAGAGCUGAUGCUGCCAUUGAUUAUAUAUACAUGCACAUGCUAGUGCUUGGACCAAUAUCAAGCAGAAGCUUGUUUUCUUUAUAAAGGACAGGGAAAUGCAGUGACAUUCUUAAAUCUCCCUUUCUAAAAAUCAUCUGUAUCUAAAACUGCCUUUUCAGAUUUUUUUCCCCUAUGUCCCUGUCUUGUAUUCUCUCCUAUUGGCUUGACAGCAUGGUUUCUUCUUAACUAAUCAGAGGGAACGCAGGAUGUCACACCAAAUGAAUCAAGAAGAAUAAAUGUACAAAAAAAAAAAGAACAAAUUUAUAUUUUAUAAGUAGUUGCAAAAACAUCUCUAAACACCACGCUAUGAACAGCCGCUGACUUAUUCAAAAAAGAGCAAAAAAGGAGGAAAGAAAAUAUAUUAUCACUCUCUUUUGGAGAUUGUUUCCUCAUAGACUGAACUGUGAGAAAAUGGAUGUCAAACUAUGUGAAAAAAUAUAUAAUACUUGGAGAGAAAAAAAAAUGCAUUUUUGUAACUUUGUUUACCAGCAUGAGAACUUUGCAUGACUGUAUUUUCUGCUAGCCCUUAGUUGAAGUGGGGAGGGCUAAAAUAAUAUUUAAAAAAGAUAUUAAUACAGAUAAAUGAAUAAAAAAAACAUGAUAUGCAACGGAUAUUUAAGAAAAAUAUAUUUAAAAGAGCUAUAUUUUAUUUUGAAAUGGGAAAAAAGUGAGUAAACUCUGACUGCGAGUUACACACUGAACUGUUUUAUUAGUUUAAGAUUAAAAAAAAAAAAUCUCAAUGCCACCUAAAGCUUUUCUGCUGCAUACUGCCUCGUGUUACAUUCUCGUUCAAUUUCAUUUCUUCAAUCGAAACGCCGCCUGGACUGUAACUCUGGACUGUUUGCCGAAGGAGUCGUCUAUCCCGUCUUUUAUUGUAGACCUGAAGUGUUCAGCUAAUGCUUGUUUGUGUACCACAACAGUUUCCUCUGUAGCCAUAAUAACAACUGUGCUGAUGCUAGAAUCCUCUGUAAGCGGGAUAUGACAUCUUUUCCCAACAUGCAUCGGGGCUGAUAGCGUUUCAUUCUCACUUUGAGUUCACCUGCUCUCGUUGGCAAUAAUAUGAAUGAUAAUCCAGAGAUCCGCUCGAUGGAGAUUGUAGCAAGGCAAAGUGGAGACUCGUAUCAGUCUCAGUGUCUUCCUUAUGAACGGAUGCAGUGUGGAAAACUGUGUUUUUGUAGAGGCCUCGUGUCUCUAAUCUCAGGUGAAAAAUGUGAAUGCUCAGUUCCACACCAGACCUCUGCCUGCUCGAACGUACAGCUAUUUUUCACUUUCAUGUCAUUUGUUGAAGUAUUUCCUGUUAAAACAGGAAGUUAGGACACUAAGGACACAGGGCUCGUCCCUUGCCAAUAGUCUUUAGCCCUUAGCUUAAGACUAUAUCUCUCAUUCUGUAACAUAUAGGCUAUAUAAUUAAAAUUGCUCACUGUAAUCAUACUAAUUUGGUGCAGUUUUACACAAUUUGAUUAUCAUAGAAGUUUAGUAUCUCAGUAUCUCAGUUAAACCUUUAGCAGUUAGCUUCAGGCUAAUGCAAAUCAUCACAGUUUAAUAAAAUGUGUAUCUGUUAUUCUAUAAUACUGGAUACAGAAUUGAAAUUAUUAACUCCAAUCAAUCUUGUGUCCUAAAAUCUUAAGUUUUACACAAUUUGUUUAUCAUAAAACUCUGAAGCUAAACCUUUAGCAAUUAGCAAUAGGCUAAUGGGAAACAUCCCAGGCAGCAGAAUUAAAAUUAAUUAGAAUUAAAAUGUCCGGCUCUGAUCAUGUUAAUUUGGUGUCCUGAAAUGUUUAGUAUUAUACAACGUUUAUCAUAGAAUUAGUUUUCGGUUCUCAGGACACCAGGCUAAAGCUAAUCCUUUAGCAUUUAGCUUUAUGUUAAUAUGAAAAUUACAGAUGAGUUAAAUGGCUAAAGAAAUAAAAUCACUAAUUUAUGGUAAUCUGGUGUUAUAAAUGUUGCGUUUUACUCAAUAUGUCUAUAAUAGAAGUUGUUUUUUGCUUAUUAGUACACCAGUUUAAAGCCAACCCUUAGCAUCACGUUGUGAUUAUCUGUUGUUUUACACAGCAUAUUUAUCAUAAAAGCUUUUUUAGUUCUCAAGACACCAGACUAAAGAUAAACCUUUAGCUAUACGCCUCACUCAAGUAGCAUCUUUAGCACUGCAGCUAAUCUCUUAGCAUUGAACACAAGGGCAUGCUUUAGCUAAAUGCUACAUGACAGGCGAAUUUAAUUUAAUCAGAAUCAGUUUUUUUUUUUUUUUUUUUUUUUGUGACAGGGCAGAUAAUACCAGCAUAUACUGGUUAGGUAUGUUUUGAAGAAUUUGCUGCUGGUUUAAGGUGGUCUUUAGCUGGUUUGAGCUGGUUUAAGCUGGUCAUGUGCUGGUCCUAAGCAAUUAGCUCUUGGUCAGGACCAGCUAAGGACCAUCUUAAACCAGCAGCCAUGCUUCAAAACAUACCUAACCAACAUAUGCUGGUAUUAUCUGCCCUGUCACAAAAAAAAAAAAAAAAAAAAGGAUAGAAGAUAAAAUAUAGAUGCUUGCAGCCAAUUACCCUUGUUAAAAGUAGACUGCCUUGUCACAGAUAUUGUAGAUGAAAUGACAGAAAGGACAGAAUGAAGUGAGGUGGAGAGAUGGCAACGGUUCGAGCAGGCAGCGGUCCGGUGUCUGGUGUGAGGGACAGUUUGUGAUAUUUCGGGUGUGCUGAUAUCAUCAGCUUGUGAUGUAUGGUGGAAGCGGAUAUGCGACCUUUAGGAGAAAGACAAUAUGACACAGCUUAUAUUUUCGAUAACUUGCCAAGCGAAAACAAGAUGUCUCGACCGGUGCUGGGUCACUGGGUCCGUCCCCAGCCCAGAAUGAAACCUUUUAGCCCAAAUAAGUCUUUGUUUUUGUUUUUUCAAAGUCGUGCAUAUUUAUAGUUUUAUAAAUGCUUUUGUUUAUAAUUAUCCAAUUAUUUAAUAAUUUAUAUUUUAUACAGAGUUUUUUUAAUGUUCUGAAUUCAUCACUUUUUUCCAUUUUGAAGGUAUUCAUAUUUUUAUGUCCAUUUUGUUGUUAGCUUUGAAUAUGAAAAAGAGCCUGUGUUUGGUUUUAUUUUAGGAGGUAUUAAUGACACUCUGGUCCGAGGGUCACAAAGUAACACUGAAUAGAUAUUUUAGAGCAUGCUUCAAGCUGUAACAUGACGACGCAUAUCCAAACAAGCAAACGCCAGUCUGAUUUUGUGUUAUUCUCCAAUAUUGGUUUUGUUUUCUGGACAAGUUGAGAUUGUCUCUCCAUCUUUCACACACAUUGAUGCACACUGCCCUCUUAAGAUGAUUUGGAAUGGUAGAUCUGUCUGCGUCUAAUUCUUCUUGUUCGAUUUACUGUGCCUGCUCUUGUAUACAAUGUCAGUUCGAUCACCUGUUUCUUGUGUAUUACGUUUUAUUUGAUGUACUUGAAUUACAGAUAUGCAAUCACCAACUCUCUGACCACUGCCAAUCAUCCCGAUCAAUCAACAUGAUGAAUAAUCAAUAUGAUUAAAGUGAUUAACAACCUUAA